GGAAGGAUCCCCCCCAUCCCUCUCCGACCGAGUCGACUUGCUUUUAACCGACUCGGAUCCUCUUCACUCUGUGUCGGUGAUCACUACUGUUCGCUCCGCAGAUUCCUCUUCGAGUUCCUCCUUGUAUCAAAAUGGUUGACGCUGCCGUAUCCGAGAAAUUGGAAGCUGGAUUCCAGAAGCUCCAGGAAGCCACCAACUGCAAGUCUCUGUUGAAGAAGCACCUCACCCGUGAGAUCUUUGACAAGAUCAAGGACCUGAAGACAUCCUUCGGAUCCACUCUUCUGGAUGUCAUCCAGUCUGGUGUUGAGAACUUGGACUCUGGAUUCGGUGUCUACGCCCCGGAUGCUGAGGCCUACAGCGUCUUCAAUGACCUGUUCGAACCCAUGAUCUGCGACUACCACACCGGAUUCAAGCCCGGAGAUGCCCACCCACCCAGGGACUUUGGUGAUCUCGAGACUUUCGGCAACUUGGACCCCGAGGGCGCUUUCAUCGUCUCCACCCGCGUCCGUUGCGGUCGCUCCUUGGCCGGCUAUGCUUUCAACCCCUGCCUGACUGAGGCCAACUACAAGGAGAUGGAAGAGAAAGUCGUCGCCAGCUUGUCCAGCUUGGAAGGCGAACUCAAGGGAACUUAUUUCCCCUUGACUGGCAUGACCAAGGAGGUCCAGACCCAGCUCAUCCAGGAUCGUUUCCUCUUCAAGGAAGGAGAUCGUUUCCUCCAGGCUGCCAACGCUUGCCGCUACUGGCCCACUGGCCGUGGUAUCUACCACAACGUCGACAAGACCUUCUUGGUCUGGUGCAAUGAGGAAGAUCACUUGCGUAUCAUCUCCAUGCAGAAGGGUGGUGACUUGAAGGCCGUCUACGCCCGCUUGGUCAACGCCAUCAAUGAAAUCGAGAAGAGGAUCCCCUUCUCUCACCACGACAAAUACGGUUUCUUGACCUUCUGCCCGACCAACUUGGGCACCACCAUCCGCGCUUCCGUCCACAUUGCGCUCCCCAAGUUGGCCGCCGAUCUUGCCAAGCUCGAAGAGGCCGCCGGAAAGUUCAACCUCCAGGUCCGUGGUACUGCUGGUGAACACACCGAAGCCGAGGGUGGUGUCUACGACAUCUCCAACAAACGCCGCAUGGGUCUGACUGAAUACCAGGCCGUCAAGGAGAUGUACGACGGUCUCCAGGAGCUCAUCCGCAUGGAGAAGGAGGCUGCUUAAAUAAUAACUAAACUUUUUAUGUCUCUACCAGCCCUUCUUAAUGAUAAUAUAUAAACAAUAAUUACACCAUUAGCCAUGUUGUAAGACCUGCUUAAAAAGCGUGUUUGAACGAAUCACUUAUAGAUGCGUCGGGGUUUCAGUUACGCCAUCUAUCAUCUGAAAGCGCCGUCAAUUUCAAUUUUCUCUCUCCUUCUUCCUUAACUGUCUUCAUAUUUACGGUUGUUGUUGUUGUUGUUAUUGGUACGUACACGAUGUGAUAUGGUUUAGCGACUGUCGAAAGAGUUUUUGAAGGCCCAACUCAUUGCAUCUGACGAAUUGUAUCUCUCAUAUGUGCUCGUGGGCCAGUUAGCAUUAGCGAUGGGACGAUUGGGAAGCCUCUGCAUCUGAAUAUUUUGAUCAGAAUCGCUACUCGAAAUUUCUGUCGCUUUGUUAUAGUCUGUAGCGCUUAAUUGUUUGAUUGCCAUCUACUCUAAAUUGUAAUCGAUAUCUCUUUGUGAUAUUUUUGUUACAAUACCCCAGAGUGCGCUACAGGUCGCCCGACGUCGAGUGUGGAUACAUUUCGGAAGAGAAAGGAAGGCUCAAGAGAUUUAAAAACAUGGAGAAAGCCCGCGCAUGAAUAUGUGAUUUGAUCAAAAACCGCAACAAAAAAAAAUGAGAUAAAAUGAAAAAAUACACAGAAUACCAUCCUGUC